AUGUACAUCACCCUUUACUACCUAGUCACUCGCCUCCCUGACUCCCUUGCGUCAGUCAGGGACCACUUUCUCUCCCUUUGCCCCACCGAGCUCACUGUCGACCUGCUAGAGGAGCACCUCACUGCGGCUGAGAAGAGUAUCUUAGCUGUAGGUGCUUCUUGCGGCGACCGUCGCACCCCUUUCUUUGAGGGGUGUUCCCCUGUCCCCCUUCUCCCCUCUGUUGCUUCUGCUGCUGCUGUCGACCUCGUUGGCACUGAGGAGUUCGGGGUUGCGUCUGCUCCUAGUGGGAAGCGCCGCAACAGCAAGGGCAAGGGGGGCAAGGGUGGUGGAGAGGACGGUGGGGGCGGCUGUGGAGGCGGUGGAGGAGGCGGAGGGGGUGGCGGUGGGGGUGGGGGUGGUGGCGGGAGUGGAGGCUUCGGUGGCGGCAGUGGGGGUGGUGGAGGCAGUGGAAGUGGCGGUGGAGGCAGCGGCAGUAGUGGUGGAGGUGGCGGCGGCGGUGGUGCUGGUCGAGGUGCAGUCGCGCAGCGUGGAGGCUUUGGUGGUAGCCAGCGCCAGCAGCAGCCGCGUUCCCGUGAGACCCCGUCGCCCCAGCAGCUUCGUGAGUGGUACGCUGGAUGUGGGAGGUCUGGGGGUGCUGGUCCCUGCACUUACGUUCUUCGCACCGGCGGGCGUUGUGGGGAGACGUGCGGGCUGCCACACAUUGCGCAGCGCUGCUUCGGUCGUCCUACUGACGCCUGGCGCGCCCAGUUUCCUGACGCUGUUGAGCUCCCUCGCUGGGGUGAUCUGCUUAAGCAGAAUGUCGCUAUCUUUGAUCUUGAUUUCGAUGCUAUCCUUGCUGCCAUGUAUGCUGUGACUGAUAGUGCUGAGGGUGACUGUUACCUGAGUGUUCCGCCUGACCCGGGCAUUGAGGCUGCUGCUCUAGGUGCUAGUGCGUCUGCUGCUCCAGGUGCUGGUGAGUCUGCUGCUCCAGGUGCUGGUGAGUCUGCUGCUCCAGGUGCUGGUGAGUCUGCUGCUCCAGGUGCUGGUGAGUCUGCUCUCUCUGGUACUGCACCUACUGAGGCCUUGCACACUUUCACACUUGACUCUGGUCCAGUCCAGCGUCUGCCCCCUGCUCGUGUCGUCCUCUGUCGCACGAGACUCUCCUUUGGCACCACCGCCUUGGUCACCCCUCCCUGCCUCGUCUUCGAGCGCGCCGCUCCUCACUCCUCCAUGUUCCCUUCGACAGAGGCUCCCCUGCAGACUCUUCACAUGGACGUGUGGGGCCCAGCCCGCUUCCGUGGACAGGGUCACGAGCGUUACUUCCUGCUGGUCGUUGACGACUACUCGCGUUACACCACAGUCUUCCCCUUGCGCAGCAAGGGUGACGGCACUGAGGUGUUGAUCGACUCGAUCCGUGGUGCCCGUCGCCAGCUCAGCGAGAGUUUCGGCUCGGACCUUCCUGUUCUGCGUCUGCACUCAGACAGAGGUGGUGAGUUUUCCUCCGACCUUCUGAGGGCCUUCUGUCGUGCGGAGGGCAUCCGCCAGACGUUCACGCUUUCGGCCUCCCCACAGCAAAAUGGGAUUGCAGAGCGCCGCAUUGGCAUGGUCAUGGACGUCGCUCGUACGUCCAUGAUCCAUGCGGCUGCUCCCCAUUUUCUGUGGCCGUUCGCGGUUCAGUACGCUGCGCAUCAGAUCAACCUUCAGCCUUGUGUCUCCUUGCCGGAGACCACACCUACUCUGCGCGGACAAGCUGUCCUCUCGUGCCGUUCCCUGCGUCUUCUUUGGCUCCCCCCCUGA